AUGGCGGAAGCGAGCCUUCACAAUGUUCCGAUCGUUAUAGACAACGGCAGUGGCACCAUUCGGGCCGGGUUCGCCGGUGAAGAAGUCCCAUCAUGCUACUUCCCAUCCUUUGUCGGUCGACCGAAGCACCCCCGGGUGAUGGCCGGAGGUCUGGAAGGCGACGUGUUCAUCGGACAAAAGGCCCAGGAACUGCGCGGACUGCUGAAGAUUCGGUACCCUCUUGAACACGGCAUUGUGACCGAUUGGGAUGACAUGGAGAAGAUAUGGCAUCACGUCUACGAGAGCGAGUUGAAGACGCUGCCCGAGGAACAUCCCGUCCUAUUAACGGAGCCGCCGCUCAAUCCCCGGAAGAACAGGGACAUUGCCGCUCAGAUCAUGUUUGAGACGUUCAAUAUACCCGCUCUUUACACCUCCAUCCAGGCCGUGCUCUCUCUCUACGCGUCGGGGCGGACAACAGGUGUCGUCUUGGACUCUGGAGACGGAGUUUCACACGCCGUACCAGUGUAUGAGGGAUUCGCCGUGCCUAACAGCAUCCGAAGAAUUGAUGUCGCUGGACGAGACGUGACAGAACAACUGCAACUGUUGUUGAGAAAGAACGGACAUGUUCUGCACACUAGCGCAGAGAAAGAGGUUGUGCGCAUGAUCAAGGAAAAAGUGUGCUACGUGUCAUUAGAUCCGAAGAGAGAAGAGAAGGAGUGGAUCAACAGCUACCACAAGUCCGAAUCCAAGACAGUUGAUUACGUCCUGCCUGACGGACACAAAAUCAAGAUCGGCCAAGAACGUUACCGCGCGCCCGAAAUUCUCUUCGAUCCGGAAAUCAUUGGCCUUGAAUACCCCGGUGUUCACCAGAUCGUGCAGGAUGCCAUUGCCCGCACCGACCUCGAUCUCCGCAAGGCGCUAUAUCUGAAUAUCGUUCUCUCGGGUGGCUCAACGCUGUGUAAGAACUUCCCGGAUCGACUGAUGCGGGAGAUAAAGAAACUUGCUGUGGAGGACAUGAAGAUCCGAAUCUCAGCGCCUGCGGAGCGGAAAUACACCACGUGGAUCGGAGGAGGUAUCCUUGCAGGAUUGAGCACAUUCCGAAAGAUGUGGGUCAGUGCAGAUGAAUGGCACGAAGAUCCCGAAGUGAUCCACAGGAAGUUCGCCUAA